AUUAAUAAGAAAAAUAGGAAAAAGAGAGAAAUAAAGUUAGGGCGUUAGGCAAACAAUGUAGCUUCUACUACAAGAACAUCAGCAAGUGUCUGGAAUCUAAGAUUGAGGAACUUCAGCUCAAGUUUGAGAGAUCUCCGGGGGUUUGGGGUUUCUCAUAUAUGAGUUUGACUCAGAUAGUCGUGGAAACUUUACCUAAAUGCUUUCCCAAAUUUUAGCAAGUAGAGGAAAUCGGAUAUGGCCGGCCCAACAACUUAUUGUUUUAACGUUAAACAUGGAAACUCUGUUUGACAGAGCACAAAUGAGGAUCGUGCGAUCUUGUACGCAACGCCCAAUUCAUAUUUCAUUUCCAUAUUGAAUUCAUCAACUCUUUUUUAAUUCUGUGAUACCCCCAAGAGUCAAAGAGAGUCAUCAAAGCUAUAGUUUUCUGUGCUCUGAAUAUCAGAUGGAGCAUGAGAAGGUUCCCUUAUCUAGAACAGAGUCCCAGCAUGAAAUUGAGAUCCCGAUAGUCUCUGAAAUUAUUGAUCUUCUGCCUGUGCCACAAAAGUUACCUUGCUCUUCCAUAUGUGGUUUCUCCAAGAAAGAAAGCAGUAAUUUGGAUUCAAAACAACGUUCACAAUCAGCAACUAAACUUCGUGUACUCAUAAUUGUCUAUAUGUUGUUUAUGGUUGUUGAAAUUGUUGGUGGUGUAAAAUCGAACAGCCUGGCAGUACUCACAGAUGCAGCCCACAUGCUUACUGAUGUUAGUGGAUUCGCUAUUGCUCUUUUUGCAGUAAUAGCUUCAGGUUGGGAGGCAACAUCAUACCAGUCUUUUGGAUAUCACCGUCUUGAGGUUUUGAGUGCGCUUCUAUCUGUGCUGCUGAUAUGGGUGGUCGCUGCAAUCUUGAUCUAUGAAGCAGUCAACAGAAUGCUUCACAAGCAUGCAAUGGUCAAUGGGGUUCUCAUGUUUGCAGUUGCAGCAUUUGGAUUUUCGGUUAAUUUUAUCAUGGCCAUGUGGCUCGGUCACAAUCACACUCACCAUCAUCAUCAUCAGGCUUGUGGAGACUGGGAUCAUGAUCAUGAUCAUGGUCAUAAUCAUAAUCAUGAUCAUGGCAAGGAGGAAGCAUGCGCAACAAUUGAAGACGAUGAAACUAGCUUGGUGUCAAUUCCUCCAGUAAAGACUAAAAUAUUAAACAUAAAUCUCCAAGGAGCUUACCUGCAUGUUAUGGCCGACAUGAUUCAGUCUGUUGGAGUAAUGAUUGCCGCAGCCAUCAUUUGGGCGAAGCCAGAUUAUUUAGUUGUUGAUCUGAUCUGCACACUCAUCUUUUCUGUUUUUGCUGUAAGCACAACUAUACCGAUGCUCAGAAAUACAUAUGGCAUAUUGAUGCAGAGAACUCCAAGUGAGAUUGAUAUUGACAAGCUAGAGAAAGGUCUCAAGUGCAUCAAAGGAGUUCAGGAUGUUCAUGACCUACAUGUUUGGGCACUAACGGUUGGAAAAAUGGUAUUGUCGUGUCAUGUCACCGCGGAUUCUACAGUAGGCUCAAGUCAGAUAAUUGAUGAGAUUAGUGAUUUAUGUGAAAAAACUUACAGAAUACAUGAUGUUACUGUACAGAUUGAACAGUAAUGUGCAAAUUCAACCUAUCAUUUUCUGUCA